CUUCUCUUAAGAUCUGUAGAUAUAUUUUAUCUGUCGGCGUUAACCUUUCAUGAUAUUGAAUUUGUAUUUUUCGACUUAAAGAACUUAAAAAUAUUGAUUUUUUAAAAAUUGUUUUUCCGCAGUAAUUCUAGGUGCAGUUAUUUUAAGAGUUUGAUUUUUUUCUCUCUCUUUCCAUCUCUUUGUCUCCCAGUUUUUUGUGAACUCCUGCUAUUGGGAGUAAAAGGGGGUGGUGUUGGUUCCAACUGCUGUGAGGUUAUCUUCCUCCCCCCUGAAGUGAUCAUUGUAAUUAUAUUUUUUUUCUCUAUCAAUAUAAAUGAAAACCAAAUUCUCCAACGCAGUGGACACUCUAGGGAUGGGGCUGCUAAUUGCACAGAAUGGGAUCCGCGUUCAGGAUGAGGAAGACAUCGAGUACAAAGCUGGAAGACCAGACGCACCCGACCCUCAAACCAGACAUAAAGCUUAUCUGUGGUGUAAAGAUUUUCUUCGAGGUGCUUGGAAAACCCUGUCAGAAGACGAGUUUCAAAUUAGCAUCAUUCGGGGUGGCCUUAGUAAUCUACUUUUUCAAUGCUCGUUGCCUGAUACUAAAAGCUGUGUGAAGGAUGAACCACGGUGUGUUCUCCUUCGACUAUAUGGUGCAAUUCUUCAGAUGACGUGUAAUAAAGGAGAGUCCAAACAGACAAACCAGGACAGCUUUGAUAUUCGGGGAGCAGAUGCCAUGGUAUUGGAAAGUGUUAUGUUUGCUAUCUUGGCAGAGCGAUCACUUGGUCCGAAGCUUUAUGGAAUCUUUCCUCAGGGUCGUUUGGAACAGUUCAUUGCAAGCCGGAAAUUGGAGACCAAAGAAUUGGCUAUUCCAAGUAUUUCAGCAGAAAUAGCAAAAAAGAUGGCCACAUUUCAUAGAAUGACUAUGCCAUUUAACAAAGAACCAACAUGGUUAUUUCGUACUAUGGAGAAGUACUUGCAGCAAGUGAUGCGAAUCAGCUUUACAAGAGAGUCUCAUGUUAGAGUAUUUCAUCAACUUCUCAGUUACAACCUUCCACAGGAAAUGGAGAAGCUAAGGUCUUUGCUUCAAGCAACUCCUUCACCGAUUGUUUUCUGUCAUAAUGACUGUCAGGAGGGUAAUCUCCUGCUAUUGGAAAACACUGAAAACUCUGAUCAGAAACUGAUGCUCAUUGACUUUGAAUAUAGCAGCUACAACUUCAGAGGGUUUGAUUUUGGGAAUCACUUCUGUGAAUGGAUGUAUGACUACAACUGUGAUGAGUAUCCAUUUUUUAAAGCUGAUAUCAAGAAUUACCCCACCAAAAUGCAACAGCUCCAUUUCAUCAGAGUUUACAAUGCUGAGAAUCAGAAUGAACUUGACUUGAAUGAUGAUCAGAUAGCAAAAAUGGAAAACCAAAUGCUAGAAGAAAUAAACAGAUAUGCACUUGCUUCACACUUCUUUUGGGGUCUGUGGUCCAUUAUUCAGGCUCGGAUUUCAGCAAUUGAAUUUGGAUAUCUGGAUUACGCUUUGGCAAGAUUUGAAACCUACUUUGAACAGAAGAAGCAGCUAGGUGUUUGAUUGGCUCCUCCCAUUUGCUGACUAGUAAAGUAGAGACAAAGGCACGAGAAAAAUCAAGUGUCAGUCAACUAUGGAAAACCACUGCAGUAUUCAACAGAGAUGAACUGUGUGGAUUUGUUUCACGUGGUAGAAGUUUAGAAAAUGGAUCCUUAGACCUAAAAACCAAGAAAUUGAUAGUCUGUAAAAACUACAGACUGUUUACUGUUUCAGAACUUUUGUUAUGGAUAAAAUUUUGAAAAAUGUACUGUAACAUUAAUCUGGACAAAACUGCGAAUUUUCUGGAAUAGUUUUAUUUUAGUAGAUAUUUAGUGAACAAUUAAGUUGUGUAUAUCAAAGUAUUUCUCCAGCUGGAAGAUGUGACUUGUACUUGUCCUUUUAAAAUGCCUUUUUUAUUAGUUGGUGAAACAACCUUUACAUAAAGUAACUGAAGUUAGAGAAGAGUUGAUUUAAACUCUGAAGUACUUGCCUAGAAGUCUAUAUUAAAAGGCAGAUUAACAUUGCUUUAUAUAUAAUGUGAAAAUCUGUAAUGCUACUGAUGCCAAGUUUAAAGUUACAAUUCAGUAUAAUUCUGAUUUAUUAAUAAGACACUAGUGAAACCAUAUUGGAAUGAAGCUGUUUAGCUACCUGAGUCAGACAGGGUAGUAGACCCAAGGCCCUUUUGAUGAACCAGUUGGCAUUGCUGACUAAUGGGACUUAAAGGGAUAGAACUGCCAUUAGGAAGACUGGAAUCUUCCCAGUUAUUUUCAGAUAACCUUAGAAUAAAUUGUUCUAGGGCUAAGCAACUAGAAUUGUUUCUCAGCUAGUAUUGGUAACUGCACAUUGUUAACAAAUUGAACUCCAGGAAUAUUGUUGCGCACACUGAUAAUCUAUCUUAGCUGAUACCAAUCUGUGCCUAUAUUUGUUUUGUUUUUAUAUGGAGUUGCCACUCUAAGGAGAUAUAUCACUCCAAAUUUGGCAUAGAUAGGUCUGAUGUGCAUUUCUUAGAGAUAUGGAGACUUAAAUAUGAUUUCUGCUAUGUCAGAUAUCUAACUGCUGUCAUAAACUGUGAAUAUUUUAUAAAAUUGCAUUAGGUUUAUGAUAUUUUGUUUAUUGUAUGUCAUUACAUGGUUAAGCCUUCACUUUUUUUGACAAAAUACAAGUGCAUUAGUGUUAUUCUUGUACUGAAUAACAAAUUUAGAAUAAGCAAGGUAAUACGCUUUAGUUCGUAAUGAGUUCGUAAUUUGUAGGCAGCUGUCUGAAAUGAAUUAGCAUAAGUACUUAGCUAAAAUGACAGUUGUCCAAGGUGAAAUUCAGUUUCUGUAACAUCCCACAAUGCAUAAUGGAAGAUUUGUUGUUUAUAUAUCCUGCUUAAUGUUCCUUUCCAUUUUAAGUCUAGGUAAGUUGAGCAGGAUAUAUAAUGGACAGCCAACUUUCUACUGUUUGUUCUGUUUUCUUUCCCAAGCUGAAUUUUGGGUUGAAUAGUUUAAUUUCCUAACCUUUUUCUGAGAUGACCUAUUCAAAGUUUUAGUUUCCAGGAAAUCUGCAUUGUGAAUUACAUUAAGAGUAUGCCGUGCAUGAGGUAGAAAAGUGACCAAUAUUUAUUCACAACUUUGUAUUGCAUAUUCUGUAACGCAAUUAAUAUGCACACAUGUAGGCAAAUGUGACACCUGAGCCAUUUUCUUUGUCUUGUUGAACGUGUAUAUUGUGUAAAUAAUGAUUUAAGUUUUAAUGUUCAGACCAAAGCCAAAAGUGUUUGGAACAAGGUACUUUGCAAAUUUAGUUUCUGAUGAUACAUCUGCAUUGACACUACUUUAAGUAUUUUCACAAUAUUAAGGCUGCCGCUAACAUACAAGUUAAUCUGUACAUAUGUUUUGUAUAUUUUUUUUGCAGUAGGUGAUGCACAGUAAAUUGCUAGGUUUUAAUUCAUCAUAGCAGUUACCAUUCUUGAUCCCAGUAAGAAAAUUAAAAGCCAGUGUCUGUUAAAGUUAAAAUUACUAUUGGAAAAACAAUGUAUAAAGUACUGUAUGAAGAGUUGUUUCCAAGUCAGGGAAAAAAACUAGUAACGUGCAUGGAAACGUACUAAAAUUUUACACUUGGUCAUUGUCAGGAACAGUGCAACCCAACAUUGUUUUGUUUUGUACAGUACUGUACUGGGAGGUGCAUGGCUACCUUUAAUGGUGAUCUUUCUGUAAGACAGUAAUUGCACUUGUGGAAUUGCAGUAUAAGCAAUCAAAAUUAAUCUUGUUUGAGAAUUAAUUUCUUUACUGUAACAAAUGUGGUGAAUGCUUUUAAAUAUUAAUGCAGUGAUGUGGUGCAUUGUUUAUGUUGCUGCCAAAUCAGUUGUAUUUUUUGUAAAAUGUCACUGUAUGCACAGUUUAUGUACUGACACAAUUUUUAUUAAAAUUUUUUCCCUAGUGGCAUGAAGAAA